AUGAUCUCUGUUUCGUUUCUAACAAGACUAUUCCGCUUUUCGGUUUUACGAACUUUCGGAGAUGUUGGAAUCUCGAAUUUCGAAGAAGAACGUCUUUUAGCAACACUCAUGAAAGUUGAAAGAUUAACAACUUUUGGCAAUUCAUCGCGAGUAUCGGUGAACGGCUGUAAAACACAUUUAGUUCAAUUCUACAAUGUCACUUUCUUACCAUCGAUGACGGUGUACGAAAUAUGGAAUAUGGAGUUGAUGGAGCCGACUCUCCCACUUCUUCGGAAUGCUCAGAAUCAUCGUCCAAAGUGUCGGCUUCGUUGUCGGAAUCCUCUUCGGGGCCCGUUCCGAGAAUCCACCACGGCAACGGUAGCAUAA